UUCAACACUCCAUCAGUUCCACUAAAAUGUUGUUGAGAGUUAUAGCUUUAUUAAGCACUGUCCUGGUUUUGGGUAGUGCGACUUACUACAAGCCACCCCGAAGAUGUCCUAGUGGCUGGUAUCUCCAUGGAAACAGUUGUUAUUUUUUCUGUCGAACACAAGUUAACCAGAAAACAGCCUCUGAUAUUUGCGAGAAAAAGGGAGGUUACCUGGCAAGAAUAGACAAUAUUGCAGAAGACAUUUUUCUAAAACAGCAAGCAAAAUCUCUGAGUAUUGCUGGGAAAGGAAGCUAUUGGAUUUCACCAGUAUGUAAGAAACGAGUAUACCAAUACAAAUGCUCUUGGAAACACGAAUCUAAUAAUAAGGCCGUAAUCUACGAAGGAUGGAACAGCUUUGAACAAAACAGCAACCAGCAAUGCGCAGUUCUAUAUUGUGGGUACAGUUACUCAUGGAAUGAUUUCAACUGUGAUGAUAAAGCUUACUACAUCUGUGAAAAAAAAGUACCAUCCCUGGUAGUUCCACUGCCGAUUCCUCGACCUCUUCCAAGACCUUAUCAAAAACCAGUUCUUAAACUCAGACCAAAGAGUUCACCUGACUCUGAUUCGUCAGAUUCCUCUGAAAAGAAAAGAUCAAAGAAGAACAAAAAAUAUGGCAAAAAAAGUAGCAGCAACAGCUCAAGUGAUGAAAAGAAGAAAUUGAAUGCAUACAGAAAAAAAUCAGGCAGCGGUGGAAACUAUAAUGAUGGAAAAACCAUAACAAGGUACAACAAAAAGUCUGGCGGUUCUAACAGCAACGAAAAAUCCGGCGGUGGAAAAAGUAAAAGAAGAUACAACAAAAAAUCAAGCAGUAGCAGCUCAAGUGAAGAAAAGAAGAAAUUAAAAACAUACAGAAAAAAAUCUGGCAGCGGUGGAAACUAUAAUGAUGGAAAAACCAAAACAAGGUACAACAAAAAGUCAAAGUCCAACGGUUCUAACAGCAACGAAAAAUCCAGUGGAGGAAAAAGUAAAAGAAGAUACAACAAAAAAUCAAGUAGCAGCAGUUCCGGAAGCGAUGAAAAAGGCGGGAAAAGGUCGUAUUCAAAGAAAAUACCGUCUCCACCUCAACCACUUCCUCUUCCGCCAAAACGAUAUUAGAUGUACAGUUUACAGCAAGUGUACACAGAGAUAAAACUCACUAGCAUUAAAGAGGAAAAUUAGUAUUACGUUUUCUCAUUUGUUUUGUUAUACAGUGGACAUUAUGUAGUUUUAAGUAUUAGAAAUUAAUAAAAUGUUCUAUUUUGA